ACACCAGCGCCGAUCGCCCUUCCGUGGGGGCAAAGUGUUAAACUUGAAAUGCCAAAAUGGUGAGUUGUUGGUAAACAUUUAACAAUUUGUCUCUUUUAAAAACAAUUCUGUCAUACUUAAUGAGAAUGGUAUUGAUAUAAAAUAGUAUUGCCUCUCUGUUUUGUUUUCAGGUUGUGAGCCCCCUGUGAGACUGCCACAGACGCAAUGAGCAAAUCCAAAGAGGCGGUAGCGAGCCAGGCUGUCUUUUCCUAUCUUUUAAAGCAAAACAGACCCUACAGUGCCCAAGAUUUAUUUCAAAAUAUGGGAAAAGACCUGGGAAAAACUGCUGUAGUUAAAGCUUUAGAGAGUUUAACCGCGGAGGGUAAGAUCAAAGAGAAAGUCUAUGGAAAGCAAAAAGUCUACGUCAUAGAUCAGACUCAGUUUCCAGAUGUUGACGAGUCUGAAAUAAAAAGUAUGGACGAUAAAAUCUCACAGCUCAACGGAAAAUUUCAGCUGAGAUCAGAGGAAGUUCGAAAGUUAGAAAGUGAACUCCGUGCCUUUAAUGGCAUGCUGUCUACUGAGUCGGCUCGUGCUGAGCUGAGCAAACUUUAUUCUGAACUCGAGCAACUCAAAGUUAAACUGAACAAGUUCAAGGAAGGGAGAGUUCUGAUUUCAAAGGAAGAAAAAGAUCGUGUCUACCAAAACAGGGAGAAAUAUGUCAAGGAGUGGCGGAAAAGGAAGCGGGUCACUUCUGACAUCUUGAACGCUAUUCUCGAAGGGUAUCCCAAAACGAAGAAGCAGUUGUACGAUGACAUUGGGAUUGAGACUGACGAGGACUAUAAUGUGAAAGUGCCUGAUGUGUGAAGAGAGACAAAAAAGUAUUUACCUUUCCAGACUUUGCAGUUGUGUGAGGUUCACUUUUGCUGAAAGUAGAAAAAUUAUUUCUUUUUGCAGCAGGAGGAAUGUUGUAAACUGGGUGGAAAAAUGGCUCAAGAUUGUUGUUAAUUCAAGAGUUGUACUUGAUGCUCAUAAGUGAAAGACUGUCUGAGAAGGCCUUCUGAAUGCAUUGCUCUCGCGACUUUCUUGCUCUGCCUGGAUAUGUGACUGCCAUAUAUUUUGCAUUCCCAUUAUUGACAGAAAUUUAGUUAAUUAAUUAGGGGAGUAGGUUUCAUCUGCAGAGGGUUACAGUAUCCCAGCAGAGAGAGACUAAGGUAGGCUACAUAUAUUUGAAAUGAAUGGACUAUCCUAUGCGGAGAAUUGAACUGAUAUAUAUAUAUCUUUUGUGUGCAAAGGCAAAGAGUCUACCACCGUGUACAACCAUCAUACCACAGAGGUCCAUAUCCUGUUUGUUUUCCACGCGGAUGCUGUUUAUUUUGGUCCUGUGGUGCAUGCAUUGUGCCCUUUGAUCUGAUGCUGUGAUGCAAAACUAUAGUUGCAGGUUUUGUUCAGUUACAUAUUUUUAUAGUCACGCAUGCAGACACCAAGUUACUUCAUUGCCUCUACCCUGAUCUAGGGUGAGAACGCGAUGAUGAUGAUGGUGAUGAUGAUUUAUUUAGUAUCGGUAUUAUAAAUUUUGAAAUUCUACUGUCUU